AUGGCGAUGCAAUUUAACAGGAUGAAGGGAGGGAAGGAGCAGGACGGGACGGGGUCGGACACGAGCAGCAUCGAGAAGGGGUGGGUGGGUGGUGUAACAAGGGACGAUCGCGAGUUCUUGGUGGACGAGGAGGCUAGGCGGUACGCGUUCGACGGGGUGGACCUUGAUCGCGUGCAGAGGAAGUUGAAGCAGCGGCAUGUGCAGAUGAUUGCUAUCGCUGGCACGCUAGGCUCGGGCCUCUUCAUCGGAUCGGGACAGGCUCUUGCUUCCGCCGGCCCCGUUGGUUCCCUCAUCGCGUACGCGUUGGUCGGGACAGUUGCCUACGCUACUAUGUGCUCUGUCGGCGAAAUGACCUCCCACGCGCCUGUAUCUGGCACAUUCCCUCACUUCGCCGCCCGAUGGGUUGACCCCGCACUCGGCUUCGCGGUGGGGUGGAAUUACUGGUAUUCGAGUACCAUCACUAUCCCACUCGAAAUCACGGCGUCGUCCCUGCUUAUCACGUUCUGGGAUAAUGAGAUCAUGCACCAAUACAUAUAUACGACACUCAUGUGCUUCGCGGUGGUGAUGAUCAAUGUCUACGGUCUGCGGUGGUUCGGCGAGAGCGAGUUCGUCUUCUCGGUGGUGAAACUCCUCUUGAUCACGAUACUCAUCAUCACCGGACUCGUCAUCGAUGUAGGGGGCGGACCCGACCACGAGCGCCUCGGAUUCAAGUACUGGAAGGAUCCCGGCGCGUUUGCCCGCGCCAACCUCGUUAAGAACCCGCACACCGAUGCGUUUCUCGGCCUCGUUACUGUUAUGGUGCUUGCGGCAUACUCAUUCCAGGGCAUGGAGCUCGUCGCAAUCGCCGCAUCCGAGACAGAGAACCCGCGAAGGAAUAUCCGCAAGGCCGUGAAGCGGGUAUUCUACCGCAUUCUGCUGUUUUAUUUGCUGGGCACCUUCGUCACGGGUCUUCUGGUUCCAUCCAACGACCCCAACUUGCUUCACGUAUCAGAAACGGGAACGGCUGCCCAAUCUCCCUUCGUCAUCGCCAUCUCCCGCGCCGGAGUUAAAGUCCUCCCCUCGCUCAUCAAUGCCGCGAUCCUAACCUCCGCCUUCUCCGCCGCGAACUCGUAUCUCUUCUGCGGCUCGCGUGUCCUCUACGGGCUCGCCCUGCGCGGGCAGGCGCCCCGCCUCUUCACGCGCUGCAGUAAGGACGGCUUGCCCCUAUACGCGAUCCUCUUCUGUGGCGCAUUCGGGUUCUUGAGCUUGAUGAACGUCAGCCAGGGCGCGGCGACCGUGUUCAACUGGUUGCUGAGCUUGAGCACUGUUGGCGGCUUCUUCUCGUGGGCGGCGAUUAACUUGACAUAUAUCUUCUUCUAUCGUGGUAUGAAGGCUCAAGGCAUUGAUCGACGAAGACUUGUCUACAGCAGCAGGCUCCAGCCGAUCCUCGCUUGGUGGGGUUUGGCAUGGAACGUCAUCUUCAUCCUCGUCGCCGGCCUGCCCGUUUUCUUCCAAUUCACCGCGGCUGGGUUUGUCACAGCGUACAUCAACAUACCGUUCUUUGCGGCGCUCUUCCUGUUCUGGAAGCUAAAGUAUAAGACGAGAAUGUGGAAACCGAGGGAGAUGGACUUCUUCACGGGUAUACCGACAGUUGAGGAGACGGAGCAGCCGGAGGAACCCCCCACCACUCUGUCCGAGAAGAUCUUGGCUACGAUAUUCUAG